AUGGCAUUUCUUCAAUUAGUUCUCCAAGCGAGGAAGCUAGAGAAAGCUAGAUUGAGGUACGAAGAUGAGAAAUUGAGAUCGAUUGAGAUUUCCGAGGGUGUCAAGCCGCAUCUAACUUUGAAGCAGCGUCUCCGACGAAAGAGAUUAAAGUGUAUCGUGUUUCUAUUGCUGCCGCAGUUCUUUUCUAAACGUGGUAGACAGGCCUUGAUGGCUUAUGCCUUUAUUCUAACGCUUACCGGACCGGCAAAGAAUAUCUUGCAUAAUAUUAGUGUCCUUUCGGAAUCUUUAGCCUGUGGACAGGAACAAUUAAAGCAAGCCGUGAAGAACGUAGUUGAUUUAAUAAAAGAACCCUUCUAUGCUUUGAGAGACGCGAUAUCGAAAGUAAUAAAGGCGGUAAAGGUGGUCGUGAAGAAAAUUAAGCAGACUCUCAUGGCUAUCAAACGACUCGUACUAAGUAUAUUAAAAGUGAUCACGUCGGUUUUCCAAUGGCUCGGUAACGUGGUAAAUAUUUGUAACAAGAAGCUGGGUACGCCGUUCGACAGGUGUCAGAGAGUCUUUGAAGGUGCAGUAGAUGACUGCAAGGCGAAGCUUGGCCCCCUUUUCGGAGGGAUUUGCAAUCUGGCGUACGUCGUCGGUGCUUUGUGCUAUGUAGUGAAACCUCUAGACUUCAUCUGCAUGCUCGUAUCUUACGUCGCCGAUACUAUAGUUAACGCUGUACGAGAAAAGAUCAAAAGGUUCACUCGCCACAUAAAAGCGAUGUUCUACGUUAAAGUGAAAUUCUCGCAUUCUUUCCAUUUCGAGACGAACCAAAGUAAAACUAUCGAAGACGUAUCGACUGGUAUAAUUACAGAGAUACGAUCGAGGACCGAUAAAUUUUUAACUGUUUUUGAUUGGAUGAGUUUCAUGACCACUUUCUUCAUUUUCUUCAUGCUGCUAAGAAUUUUGCAUUAUCGACAUAAAUGGCUGACGAGUGAUCGCUUCGAUAAUCGCUACUUAACUGAUGAUCUGCGCACUAUCGAUCUAAUAAGAACACGUCAGGAUAAGGAAACCAUUCUGCCGUUAAACCGCCGUGAAAGAAAUCAAUACAUCCCACUGACGUCUGUCACUCUGAUCAAGGUAGAAAAAAUAAAGCUCGCGAAAUCUGCAGUUUUUUUGGGCUUAACGACGUUUAAAAUCUGCAUCCAUAUGAUGGCGGAUUACAGUCUUUAUUGGAUUCUUAGCACUAUUAGAUAUCAUGGACGGAUCGAAACAAAGGUCCAACGACCCAAUUUCGUGGGCGUCCAUGUGUCUGGUGACGGCUAUCUCGCCGACCUUUAUCGAAGCAUCGUGAAAGCCUUUACGCCACACGCGAAGGAUACUGAGAUCGAUGUGAUACCCUGCCUCCCAGAUCCCAUCCCACCAGAUUUAGAUCGGUAUACACAGAUUGUAACGUUGAUCGCUUUCUGUUGGAUCAUGGCGAUAUUUGAACCGUACGGAUUACGAUUACGGCAUGUCGUGAUGUGCAAAUAUCAUCCAGAAAGAGCCAAGCAAAGAGCAGCUUGGUUGUAUAAUUAUAUAAUUAGAUCGAGAGGAAGCUUUCUGAAAUUUGCACGACGCCAGUUGCGCCGCAAGUUCGGCAUGACUGAGGGCGAGAGAAUCGAGAGAGUCACGUUCAGAGAGCGAUGCCUGGCUAUCUGCCCUUUCCUGAACAAAUUGUUCCCUCGAAAGCAGAACGUGUGUCUCCUGUGCGGUUCCGUGGAACGUUCCGAUCAGGAACCGCACAUUAAAUGCGUCACGCCAGGUUGCCUCGGUUUAUUCUGCAUCCAAUGCUUCGCGGACUUGCAGAAUCUCUGUACGAUUUGCCGAUCGCCUAUUGAGUACGGCGAUUUGUCGGAUAUUAGCGAGGAACAAGAUUCAUCAGAAGAUCAAUUGAUCGUAAAAAAGGAACCAGUGCCAAUAAGUACUUAUGUCGAUGAAAGAGAAGAACCAAUUGUAGAAGAAAAACCAAAGGAAAAAAUAGAAAUGAAAGAUGAAAUAGAAGAAAAAAUACCGGACAAAAGAGUACCAGAGGAAAUAAUACCGGAAGAAAAAGUGUUAGAAAAAGAAAUAUUGGAAGAAAAAAUACCAGAAAAAAGAAUAUCUGAAGAAAGGAAAGAGGAAAGAAUAGAAAAAAUAGUUACUGAAAAGAAAAAUGUAGCAGUCCAAACGGACGACGAUACCAGUGAAAGUAGUUCUGAAUCGGUCUAUAGUUAUACUUAUCAAGAAAGAUCACAAGAGAUUGAAGUCGAGCAUCGGAGAAUGCCAUUCAAAGACAUCGAAGCGCAGAAAAUAAGAGAAGAUGUUACGAUUCAAAUUUUUAACGAGCCAUUGGCGAAGGAAGUUACUUCGAGUAGCGAGGAUCCAACGUCCUGUUUCGUGGUGAGAGCUCGUAGGAGGCUUCGUACCAGGUUGAAAAGGAAAUCCUGCUCUUCCCCGCGCAAGAACGAUUCCAGCUCGUCUACGUCAAUAGCGGACACUGAGUCUUGCGCUACACAAGAGCUAGAUGAGGAAGAGGUAAUUCACAUUGAGAUGGACGACGGCUCAAAGGAAUUACUUUUAAAAGACGGUACUGCCAAAGCAAGAAAACGAAGUAGUCGCGUAGGAAGAAUCCUUGCUGCACUCACGAAAAUUUCUUGGCUCGGCAAAAGAACGACGACUGAUAGCGACGGCGAAUGGCGAAUGAGAAAACCGUCUCUCCUGGAUAGAAUAGUACGGAUGCUUUCUAGAAAUCAAUCUACCUCGCCCGUACAAACGUAUCGACGAAUUCGCACUUCGAAAAAAGACGCAAAGCAUAACAGCUUUUCCUCCGCUUCCUCCUCAUCUUCCACCGACGAAGAGAACGAGCAGCGCGCGCUCUUAAAAGCGCACAAUCGGCAAGUAGAUUGUUUGCAAAUCAUCUCAGAUCAUGACGAUUCCAGGGAUAAUAUUUACAGCAGAAAUUAUGAUUCGCAUCGUGCACAACGCGAAACGAUCUGUCGCCAACCAGAUUCUCAUGUGAGAGCUAACGAUGUAAAACUGAGACAUCCUCACGAGAAGAAAUUUACGAUGAAAGAAUUACCAAGAUAUCUUCAACCAAUUUCGAAGGACACGACGUACUUUGAAGUGAACGAGAUUACAGAUUUGCAAUCGAAACGAGGAUAUGUUCACCCGACAGAAUGCGUUAAUAUUUUAUCAGAUACCAGAAUAUUCGACAUCGACAAUCAAAAGACAGAGAAAUCAAACAUCACUAGUGAUGAUUAUACUGAAAUUCCUUGCUCGUGCACGUCGCAAAUAUCUUGCGAUGUCAAAGAUAGCAUAAGUCAAUCGGAUGUGAAUGUUACGGACCAAAGUAAUGAAAUAUCCAAAACAAACGCAAUGUCAGAAACGGAAUUGUUGACUACUGAUUGGGAAGGAUUAGAUCAAAAAACGAAAGCAGGAGAAAUUGUUACUACGGAAAAAACAUCAAUAGACAGUGACAUAGAACGACAAAGAGUUACAGUUUUACUCGAAAAUAAUCGAAGGGAAUCGUUAGCGAAAAGUAGCAAAACAAUUGCGGAAUCAAAUAAUUUUAUAAAAGAAAAAGGUGUGAAAAGAUACUUUGCCAAAAAGAAACAAGCUGAAGAAUUAUCUACGGAAAAAAAAGUCAGAGAAAAAGUAAUAGCAUCAACUUCGGAAGUAAAUGAAAAAGCCCGAUUGUACGAUCCGUUGGCUAGUUCGGAGUUGUACAACGUCACGUGCCAAGUAAAAAGACGCGAAAAACCUGCCAUGGAAAAAUUAACGAAGCAAUCGGGAACGGCAGAAAUACGUAUUGACGAUAGAAAGUCGGCGGAAUUUGAAGAAGAUAUUGAAAUGGAACAAAAAAGUGUUCAGGUUUUCGCGCAUGAAACUAAAAAAUCUGCACUCGAAAAAAGUAUUCAAACAGAGCCGCGAAAAUCUGAAAAAUACAAAAGGCGUGAUAAGAUGUUGCAUAUUGACACGAAAAUUUCCAAAGCAGCUGACUUGGACAAGAGAAAGAAAAAAGAAAAAAAAAGAUACAAAAAAUGGAUCGAUAAAUAUAAACGUAAACAUAGGGAACCUGAUAGUAGUUCACCACGAAGAAAACAAAAAUAUUGCAAUAAGGCAACAGUAAUUAAAGAAGAACUUUACGACAGAAGGAAACGAGAAAAGAUUCACAGUUGCGAUAUGCAAACUCAUGGACACCCCAGUCGCACAGAAUGGUGUCCUGACGAUAUUCGAAGACAGAGAAUAGUAGUUCCUCCGUUAAGAUCAGUGGCUGAAUUAAGAGAAUAUCAUCAAACUCAGUGUAAUCUUCGCGACAUGAAAGAUACUCAAAGCAGGAAAGACGAUGCCUACGAUCUGAAGUCUGCAAACAAGCCGAAAGUCUGGUCUUGUCAUGUUCAGCCACAAUUUAAAGCACCUGAACGAAUAAUUUGCUGUCAAGACUAUCAACGGAAACUUUUGAGUUCAUAUAAUGAUUUAUCAGAAAAGAAGCCACAGCAAAUAGAAAAGAAGUACGAUGUUAAUGUGCGUAAAACCAGAUUGGAAGUACCUAUGUUGAAGAAAUAUCUACCUGCGUAUCAAGCACCAGGUUUAAUAGAAGAGCUGAAAGAACAUGAUAGAAUGAGAUUAAUUCAAGAACGAGAAGCUAGAAGAUGGACGGCUUUGAGAGCUCUUCGAAGCACGAGGGAUUCUCCCUCGAGUACGAAAUCGAAGGAGUGGGCGUGCGGUACUUCUGUAACAUGCGAUGCUCAUGAAACCGUUAGCAAAUUAACUUCGGUCUCCACAAGACUGACUGAGGGGAAUACCCUUCCAUAUCAAGAAACGCAAACCUUCAAAGACGUGGUGCGCGAGUUUCGGAAGAAAGUGAUAGAAGCAGACAAACCUCAAAUAUUUUUAUCUCAGUGCGCAGACAAUUGUAAAGAUCUAAAACAAUUGUUUCCUCCCCAAAAUGAAGACUGUGUAAGAAUUACAACAACGCCGAAGUUUGAGAAAGUUGUUAACAAGUUUAAGGAUCAAUACGUCGGUCUUUGCCGAUCAGCCGAAACUAGGAAGGAGAGAAACUCUGAAAGCUUUAGCGUGGACGAAGAGAAGGGAGAGAAUAUCAUGAAAGAACAAGAGUCAGAAAAUAAGGCGGAAAAUGAUAAGAGAAUGCCGGAGGCGAAUUGCGCGUGCACUUUGGAAACGUGCGAAGAGGAAAGGAUCAAGCGAAAGAUUUGCAUGGAUAUGUUGGCGAAAAAGAAGUUACUCGCGCGGGACGAAGGUAUCAGUCCAACAAGGCUUACUGAGAUAAUCAACAAAGAAAUAAAUGAUUCCUUUAAACGGAUCAAUAAUUCUAUUAAAGAUGCUAUGAAAGGUCUCGUGAAAAGUUCAAUGGAAAAGAAAAAGGUGAUUUUGCUAUGUUCAUAGGAACCUAAAGAAAUAUCCGAUACAUGUCGAUCUUGCGCACUAGAAGAACGCUGUAAGGAAUCACUCAACGUUUGUACCAAUCGACAAAUUACAUGCCACGUUUCACGGCAGCAGCGUGAUAAAUUAUCCACGCAUGACAGUUCACAUGUGUGCAAAAAAAUGUGCGAGAAUGCAAUGCCAUUACCAGUACAAAAUAAAGUUAACAGUGAAAGAAACAGCAAGAAGCAUUUGAAAUCAGCGAAUAAUGUGAACACUGAUAAUCGCAGAAUGACCAGGAAUGUCAAUAUUUAUAUUUGCUCGGAGACUAAUGAUAGUAAUCAGGACAGAAAAAAUUCAAGGUCUGCCGAUAUGGAUACAAGCUUUAAUACAAUUACCGAAUCCAAUUCAAGAAGUGCUAGCAGCGCGUUAUCAUGCAAGCUGAUAAAUAGUAUAAAAGAGAAACGGAAGAAAUUGCUAAUACAAUUGCCUAAUUUUAUUAAUGAAAAAAAUGACGAUAACGUCGUUUGCGAUAACGGAACAUUACAGCACAAAACCAGCAGGAAGGAAUUUAGCGAAGUCGAUAGUAAGGAAGAAGCAGAUGUCAAAGUCAAUGACGAGGACGUCCGAUGCAAGGACGCGACUUCGUCGACCAAAGACGGUUGCUACUGCAAAGAUACAGACAGCAUAGCUCUUCAGCAGGACUCGUCGUAUUUAACAGUUCCGUGUUUGAAUUUGAGUGCGUGUGACAAUACCAGACAUCCAAAGUCUUGGAUGACUACGUAUCCUUCAGAAGCGAGAGUCAAGCUAGACGAUAAUGUCUUCCAGUCGAGAGUGAUCUGUACCAAUGUGAAACAAAGAAAUAAUCGUAAAAAUAAUGAUCACAAUAAUAACAUUCACGGAAACGAUAACGAAUGCACCAUGUGUCAUGCGGUCGAUGGUAGCAGGUGGUUACCGAAAUUGAUCUACACAGAGUGCUCGUACAGCAAGGAAUCUAAAGAGUGUUUCGCAGAUGGUUGUAAAUAUCGAAAUAAAACAUUCCAGGAUUCGGUAAUAAAUCGCAAUGAUAUACGGAAGAGGCAGAUAGGAUAUAAAUGCUUGCAACAACCUCUCGGAAGUUGCGAAAGGGAGUUAAUGGUUAGACAAUGGUCCACGUGCAGUUGUAUUGCGGAGGAGGAUGAAGAUGAAGGCAUCGACAAAGACAAAAUAGAGCUCCCUCAAAAUGUGUGCAACGUCGCAGAGUGUCUAGAAAAAAUAUCUGUUUGCCGAACACCUAGAAAAUUAACUGAAAGUGCAAUUGUAUGCGAGACGUCAUUUGGCGGUGGAAAAUAUUUCGAAAAAACACGAACGUGUAAGAAUUCGGAAGAAGAUUUAAAGGACACUAGAGCGUGUGAAACAAGAUUUAGAAAUUUAGUCGAACCUCUGAAAGUAACAAGAGCUUGUCAGGAAUUCGUUACUGAAGAAUCCCCGGAAGAUAUCAUAGUUUACAAGACAGUGUCUGGAGAACCGAAUGGACUCCCAGAAGAAGCAAUAGUUUACAAGACGGCGCAUUCUUACUCCAAAGACACUCUAAAGGAAACAAUUUGUAAGGAGAUUCCCGAUUUAAACUUUGCCAACCAAGACGAUGUUAACAAAGUGUCUCUAAACGAUGCAAAGGAUAAACUUGUGGAAGAAAGUACAAAUAGCUCGAACAUGAAUAGUUCGGUAGAGAAUGCUAGCAAUAAAAAGACGGUAAAACUAAAUAAUAAACAUGAUGCUGAUCUCGAUAAUUUUACAGAACAACAAUCUUCUAAUGUAGAACAAUAUAAACAAAUAAACACACACAAGAUGAUGAAUGAUCAAUUAAAAGAUGUAUCGUGUAGUUCUGUUGAAUCGAUUAAAGACUUUAAACCAUUGUCAAAAAAUGUUUCUUCUAUAUUACCACGCGCGCAAUUUUAUAAUCGCAAGAACCUUGUAUCUAAUUCUAGUGUAAAGAAAACAUCGAAGACUCAUAUUAAUCAGCGAAGAAUGCAAUCGCUUAAUCGAUCGAUGAGGAAUCACUUUCAACAAUCAAAUAAUCCUACGCAAAAUUUAGUAUCAAAUAAAAAUAAUCAACUAGAAGAAGAGACAUUAGAAAACUCGCAAGAAGAAAAAGAUAUUUUAAAAGACAUAAAAACUGAAGACAAACAGAGAGAGUCACUUUUACAUCGACCGUUUAAAAAAUUAGUCGAUGUAAUUAGACGUGGUAAGACAUUUAUUAUAGACAGAAUAGAAACAGGAAAAAUGGAAGUAAAGGAAACAAUUGCUAAUGGUAAAAAAGAUGUUGAGAAAUCAGAAAUUGAGGAUAAAACUAAUGAUAUAAAAGACCAGCAAGAGAUUAUUAAAAAAGUGACUGUACCAAUGAAACCAUUGCAAACAGAGAUUGCAGACAAAGAAAUAAUUAGAAAAAUUGUUACGAGACCAAAACAGAUCGCGCUUAUAACUGAUUUUGUAAUUCCUGAAAAAGGAAAACAGAUAGAUAUUCGAAGAACAGACCAGAAAAUGCCUAAAUUACUGCGUGUUAUCGCAGCGAAGAAAUCGCAUGUUCUACCAAUUACAGUGACAACUGAUUUUAAACCUCAACAGCUUGAAGUACUAUCUGCUUCUGCUGAAGAAAUUAUAACUCAUCUCAACCAAGAGGGACUUCCAGAAGAAGAAAUAACUUUGCAGGAGCAUAGUCCUGUGGAAGUUACAAAAGAAAUAAAAGCGGAUGUCGUAAUUAUGUCCGAAAUUAAUGUUGAUAUAGUUGAAGAUGCUCCGAAAGAUAUUAUUGAUGAAAGUAGAGUUUCCCAAGAUAUUCCUAUUGAUACAACGAGGACUUAUGUCACUUGCCCGCAGAGAAAACCAAAAGAAAGAUUACAAAAGCUUAUUCUUUGUAAAUGCGGUUUACCUUUUGAUCCGAAUGGUUGUUUGUGCUCGAUUGCCAAGUGUAUGAAAGAUCGUGUGUCCUGUCCGCAGGAGAAAUCGGAAGAGGAACCGCAAAAAUCUGCCCUUUACCUGCACAAAUUAUUGUAUAAAAAAGCAGAAAGAACGCAUAUGCAGAAGGACUUGCUGCCAAUCUCACAAAGAACGUGGAUGUAG